AACUUUUAACUGUAUUUUCACCUGCUGUUUUAUAUACUGAUUAUUACGGCGAAGUUAGGGCUUUAUUUGUAUAUAUUUACUACUGGUAAUUUAAAUUAAUUCGAAUGUAUUCUAGCAAUGUUUCGUGGUAAAGGCUGGUUUUCAGGCGGAAUGUGGAAACCAAAAAACCCUCACUCAUUAGAGCAUCUUAAAUAUCUGUAUCAUAUUCUGUAUAAAAAUCAAAUUGUUCAUGAUCAAAACAAAGGUUUAUUGGUCGAAACCCUGCGAUCAAUUGCUGAAAUUCUUAUAUGGGGUGACCAGAAUGAUAGCACAGUUUUCGAUUUUUUCUUAGAAAAGAAUAUGCUUUCUUUUUUUCUGAAGAUUAUGAAGCAGAAGUGUGGACGAUAUGUGUGUGUGCAGUUACUCCAGACCUUAAAUAUUUUAUUUGAAAACAUUCGAAAUGAAACAUCUCUGUAUUAUCUUCUCUCAAAUAAUCAUGUGAAUUCUAUCAUUGUUCAUAAAUUUGACUUUUCUGAUGAAGAAGUUAUGGCCUAUUAUAUAUCAUUCCUAAAGACUUUGUCAUUUAAACUAAAUACUCAUACUAUACAUUUUUUCUAUAAUGAGCACACAAAUGAUUUCCCACUUUAUAAUGAGGCUAUAAAGUUUUUCAAGCACAGUGAAAGUAUGGUCAGAAUAGCUGUAAGAACUUUGACGUUAAAUGUUUUUAAAGUGGAUGAUAAAGCAAUGUUAAAAUUUAUUCGUGACAAAACUGCAGCUCCUUAUUUUUCUAAUCUUGUGUGGUUUAUUAAAGAACAUGUUACAGAAUUGGAUAAAUGUGUAAAUGCUUCUGAGUUCCAAGUUCAAACAAAACUUGCUGAUUUGGUAGCUGAACAUUUGGAUCAUCUUCAUUAUUUAAAUGAUAUACUUUGCCUGCAGAUAGAGGCUUUGAAUGAUGUUCUAACAGAUCACCUUCUCAAUAAACUAUUGAUUCCUGUUUAUGUAUAUUCAUUGGUUCAGAAUGGACAGAAUGCUAGUUCAGAGGAAGAAAAACCACGAGUAAGCUGUAUUGUUUCUCUCUUUUUGCUGUCUCAGGUCUUUUUGAUCGUAUCCCAUCGACCUUUGGUUCAGCAGCUUGCCAGUGUGAUAUUAAAUGGAGAAAUGUCUUUAUUUGAUCCUACAAAUACAUCACCUUGUGAAACUGCUUCAGCACCAUCUGGAGAAGUAGUAAAUGGACCCCAGUCAAAUUCAAAUGAAGCUUUACCAGGAGACCAACAGAAAGGUUCAGAAAGUAUAGAUGAUUAUUCAAAUGAAAGUAGCUUGGAAGGACUAUCUGAAGGCUCAAAUAUUACAGAUGAAGAAAAGGUAGUAGCCGCAAAGAAAUCUAAUCAGUAUGAAAUGAUGCAAAAAAGUUUUACUCUUUCUAAUAGACCUUUUUUAGAAGCUGUCUUUUCUGCAUUAGAUUGCAGUGAAAAUGACCAUGCAGCCUUAUUUUCAUUAUGUGUCUUAUAUGCACUAGGACAUAACCCUGAAUUAUUUACUCCCUCAAGCAUUUACCCGACAUAUAUAUUGUUCCUCUUAUGGCUUAUCAGUUCAGUAUACCAUUGUUCAGAAGCCUGGGAAAAGUCUUCAGCUGAAUGACUUCAUAAGAUAAAAGCAUGACAUAUGUAUGUUUCAGGUUUCUUUAUAAAGAAAAAAGUGCAAAUUAUAUGGUGAAUAUACCUACAAAUUAAAAAAUGUAGUUAAUUAAAUGUAGAAAUUAUAGGUGCGUGUUAUACGCCGGAAUAUACGGUACUUAUUUUGUUAAAAAUUUGAUCAUUUAUAAACAAUGAUACUUAUAAUAUGUUGGCUUAAAUUUCAUUUUAAUGAAUGAAAGUUUUUUUAAUCAAGUAAAUAUAUAUUAUGGUUAAAUAUUUUUUAAGCUACUGAAAUAUUUAGAAUAUUAUUUUAUAAUGUAGUUAACUAUACACAAUAAUUUUCAUUGUUUGUUUUCUCAUAAAUCUGUUUGCCUGAAAUUUUUUCAUUUUUGAGAUUGUAUAUUUAGUGUUGCAUUCCUUGUGUAUUUAAAGUUAUAUUCCUUUUUUAAAGCGAUGCAAGCUCAAAAAGUUGAUAACUUUGUGGUAUUUCACAUCAUUUAUUUUUUGCAUCUAUGCAUUAUUUAUUUUGCUUCAGUCUUGAGAACAUUCAGAAUAAUUCUCUCAUUAGUCUUGCAUUUUAUACUGUAUUUUUUUAGACUGUAAAUUUAGAUUGUUUUAUUUCUGUAUGUUUUUAGGCUGUAGAACUUUCUUUUAGUAUAAAUAGGAGUGAUGAGAUAUGUGCAAAUUUUAUUACUCAUGAAAUUUACUUCAAAAUUAAUAAUUUUAAAAUCAUUUUAUAUAACUAUUAAGGAAGUAUUUAUUGAUGAUUAAUAGUAUAUUUUUAAUAGUGUAAAAUAUAUUCAUCCUAUUUAUCUAUGUAUGUAAAUGCUGUUUAUUUAUAUAUACAGAUAGAUAAACAGCAGUGUUUUUAACUGGCAUUUAUUAAUAUAAAA